AUGCUUGGAGAAGAAGACGUUCAUCUAACAAAUGGAACUACAGCUGAAAAAACAGAUUCCAGUUCCUUGAAGGCCAUGCAACAUUUGGAUGAUCCAAAAUUAAAAGUUUUCAUCGGUGACCCACCUAAUGCUAAUGAAGAAUUUAUCACACUAGCUGAUUCUAGCCUAUCUUUAUUAAGUGGUGAUCAGGAGAGUGCAUUAGAUGAUAUACCACAACACAAGAUAACAGAUUUUACUGUUUAUGAUCAAAAUCAUCAUUUGUGUCCAUUUGAUACUGGGCUGGUUGAAAAAAAUGUCGAGCUUUUUUUCAGUGGAACUGUCAAACCAAUUUACGACGAAAACCCUGACCCUUCAGAUGGUAUACCUACUAAAGAACUAGGUCCUAUCAAUUCAUGGUGGAUUGCUGGUUUUGAUGGAGGAGAAAAAGCUCUUGUUGGAUUUACUACAGCUUAUGCUGAGUAUAUAUUAAUGGAAUCCUCUCAAGACUACAGUGAAAUAAUGGCCUCUGUACAAGAGAAAAUCUACCUUAGUAAAAUUGUAAUAGAGUAUCUUGAAGAGUUUCCUGUAGCUACUUAUGAGGAUCUAUUAAAUAAAAUAGAGACUACAGUCCCUCCUCAAUCUAUUGCUGUACCUCCUACUGAGGAUGCUCUCCUAAGACAUGCACAGUUCAUUGUGGAGCAGGUUGAAAGUUAUGAUCAAUAUAGUGAUGAAGAUGAAGAUCUAUUACUAGUAUCUCCUUGUAUGAGAGCUUUAAUAAAACUAUCAGGAGUCACAUUAGGAAAACAGAAAUCUGCCAGGAGGUCAGCUAAGCAGCCCAAAGUGAAGGCAUCCAAACAUACUAAGAAAGACAUUAGAUCUCCAAGUAAGAAAAUUAAAGAAGAGAAGAAGAUAAAGAUUGAUGAAGAAAUGUAUCCUGAAAAAUAUCGUAAAAUGUCAGAUUAUGUCAAGGGCAGUAACUCUGAUUCUUCACCUCCAUUUCAAAUAGGUCAAAUAUUGGAGAUAUUUACCAAGUCCUCUAUUAGUAAACUUAUUGAUGAUGUUAAGGUUUACCUUAAAGUGAGAAUGUUCUACAGACCACAAGACACACACAAGAACAAUGCUACAGAUCAAGCUGAUCUUAAUCUUGUCUAUUGGAGUAAUGAAGAGACUACUGUAGAGGCUAAUAUUGUAUGUGGUAAAUGUACUGUAAAACAUGGGGAAGAUAUUGAAGGGGAUAUUGACUCCUACUUCCUGGGAGGACCUGAUAGGUUUUACUUUUUAGAGGCUUACUGUGCAAAGACUGGAGAAUUUGAAGACCCUCCCCUACAGGCCAGAUCUAAGGGGAAAGGAAAGGGUAAAGGCAAGGGUAAAAAUAAAGGUAAAGGACCAGCUCAUGACACACCAGUUAGUACUGAACAAGAAGAAACUCAACCUCCACCAUCCUUUCAUAAAUUGAGAACUCUAGAUGUCUUUGCGGGAUGUGGAGGUUUGACAGAAGGAUUUCAUCAGUCAGGUGUAGCUGAGGCAUGUUGGGCCAUUGAAAAAGACGAGCCAGCAGCACAGGCAUUUAGAUUGAACUAUACAAAGGCAUCUGUCUUCACUGAUGACUGUAACGCUCUACUUAAACUUGUAAUGGAGGGUGUAGAGACUGCUAAAGGGCAACGUUUACCACAAAAAGGUGACGUUGAGAUGUUAUGUGGAGGACCACCUUGUCAAGGAUUUAGUGGAAUGAACAGAUUCAAUUCUAGAGAAUACUCACAGUUUAAGAAUUCACUUGUUAUCUCUUAUUUGAGUUUUUGUGAGUAUUAUCGUCCUCGUUUCUUUCUUUUGGAGAAUGUUCGUAAUUUUGUAUCAUUCAAACGAAGUAUGGUCCUCAAACUAACACUACGUUGUCUAGUUAAAAUGGGAUAUCAAUGUACAUUUGGUGUAUUACAAGCUGGUCAAUAUGGUGUCCCUCAAACAAGAAGAAGAGCUAUUGUUUUUGGCAGCAGCUCCUGGAGAGAAACUACCAACUUUCCUAACCCCACUCAUGUAUUUAGUCCUAGAGCUUGUCAGUUAACAAUAGUUGUUGAUGAUACUAAGUUUGAGACAUCCAUCAGAUUAGACUCUGCUCCAUUUCGUACCAUCACUGUCAAAGAUGCCAUGUCAGAUUUACCUGAUAUCUAUGGGUCAUCAGCUCUUAACAUGAACUACAAUGGAGAACCACAUUGUCACUUCCAACGUCUACUUCGAGGUAAACAACAUCAACCUAUUCUUCGUGAUCAUAUAUGUAAGGAAAUGAACCCACUUGUUGCUGCUCGUAUGAGAUAUAUACCUGUUGCUCCUGGAGCUGAUUGGAGAGAUCUACCAAAUAUUGUUGUUAGAUUAUCAGAUGGAACGUAUGCUCCUAAAUUGAGAUACACUCAUGAUGACAAGAAGAAUGGACGUGGUAAAAAUAAGUCUCUCCGAGGUGUAUGUUCAUGUGCUGAAAACAGACAAUGUGAUCCAGCAGAUAGACAGUAUGGUACAUUAGUCCCAUGGUGUUUACCUCAUACAGGCAAUCGACACAAUCAUUGGGCAGGUUUGUAUGGUCGACUUGAAUGGGAUGGUUUCUUCAGUACAACUGUUACUAAUCCUGAACCUAUGGGCAAACAGGGUCGUGUUCUUCAUCCUGAACAACAUCGUGUAGUUAGUGUUAGAGAGUGUGCUCGUUCUCAAGGGUUCCCAGAUACAUUUAGAUUUUUCGGUACUAUAUUAGACAAACAUAGACAAGUUGGAAAUGCUGUUCCUCCUUUAUUAGCAAAAGCUAUUGGGUUAGAAAUAAAGAAGGCUAUCGAGGAGAAAAAUAAACAUGGAAAGUUCCAAUAAACACUCAAAGAAAAGAUGGAACAACAG